UACGCGACGCCCCGAUCUCGACCUUCUCCUCCCCCACCACUCUCCCCGUCUCUCUUUCUGCACACGUUAUUAUAAGAACUGAAGGAGGAGAAGAAAGUAAGAGGGAGAAAAAAGUUUAUUCCUUCAUCAUCCAGAUUCCUUCUUCACUUUUCUUCUUCUGUUCAUCUCCUUCUCUCUCUAUUUUUCCUCCUCAUUUAUGGUUUCUCUGUCUGAGGGAUUCACCUCCGGCGUCCUCCCUCCUUUUCCGCACCUCCUCUUCUUCUGUUUGUCCGUCCCUGAUGUCUCUUCUUCAUGUCCUGUUGGAAGUCUGAUUGCCCCUUCUCUCUGCUUCUGCUUUGAGUGGCUGGAGAAAUCACUGCAUCUCCUCAUUCUUCUUCUUCUCUCUGCGUUUCCUCCUUUUGAUUCCUCCGUUAGCUUUGGCGAGCUUCGGGAAUGGAGAUGGGCAGGUGCCAGGAGUACAUAGAUGCUCUAGAGGAAGAACGCAAGAAGAUUCAGGUUUUCCAAAGAGAGCUGCCUCUGUGCCUACAGCUUGUCACCCAAGCCAUUGAAGCAUGCAGGCAGCAACUGGAAGCCGAAAUAGGAGGUGCCGGAUCUGACUGUGAGGAGACAUCCAGUGAGGGCCCUGUUCUUGAAGAAUUUAUACCUCUAAAGAAGGAUUCUGAAGAUACCCAGAAGGAAAAUUGCAGGGAAGAAACCAAAGAAGAUGGUUGUGGUGACACCAGUGAGAAAGAUGAGAAGCCUGAUUGGUUGAGGUCCGUUCAACUAUGGAGUCAAGAUGCUGAAAGUACUCCGAAAGAGGAUGUGGAUUCAUAUAGAAAAUCACUGAGUUCAGAGACCAAGAAGAGGGGUGCUUUCCAUCCUUUCUGCAAGGAAAAGAAAGCCCCAUCUGAUCCCUCUCCUGCUCCUUCUGCGGUGGCUGCUCCUGCGGCCACUGUGGCGGCAAGUUCAGCCACCACCAAAGGGGAGGAUAAGGAAGGAUCCGCACAGAAGAAGACAAGGAGGUGUUGGUCACCAGAACUUCACCACCGAUUUCUUCAUGCUCUUCAACAACUUGGUGGUUCCCAUGCUGCAACACCAAAGCAGAUAAGGGAGUUGAUGAAGGUAGACGGUCUCACCAACGAUGAAGUCAAAAGCCACUUACAGAAGUACCGCUUGCACACGAGGCGUGUUCCAAGCACCUCAAUUCCCAUGAGCAGUUCUCAGCCAGCACAGUUUGUUGUGGUGGGUGGCAUCUGGGUUCCACCAGAUUACAGCAACAGCACAGUUGCACCUUCUGCCCACCACCCGGAAGCCGCGCCGCGGACCGUCUAUGCGCCGGUGGCGACGUCGACGGCGCCAUCAACAGUAACAACAACAUCACUGCCUGCAGCAAACUCAAAGCCAAAGAAACAGUUGCAACAGCAGUCGCCGGACGGCCCGCUGUCGCCGGAGAGACGGGCUGGUGGUGGCAAGUGUGGAAGCAGGGAGAGCGUUGGCGAAGAUUCAAGCUCCUCAGCCACUUCUUCCUCCCACACUACCACCUCUCCUGCUAUGUAAACUACUUACACAUACACACACACCUCUGAUACACAUAGAACAGAUAAAAUGAAGUCACAGUAGCCUCUGUAUCUUUCUGUAACCAGUGUGCUUGUCAGAUUUUGGUCCUCAAGUAGUGGAAUAAGGCAGAAAUUUGGAGUAGGGACAUCCAGUGGGCUUGAACCCAUGACCUUUGUCUAUAACCCAGGAGAGUAACAGGGCAUUUUGUUUGAAAUGGCUGGCUAUGUUAACUUUUUCUGACUGUCCACAUCAAAUGAGAACUCAUUUUGUUCA